AUGAUAAAAAUAAUUUUUUUAUUCCUUAUUUUUGCCCAAAUUUAUUACUUAUCCUCCUCAGCAACUCUGACUGAAAAAGAAAAGUUAGAUAAAGCUCAAAAAAUAGUUGAUAAGGCAAACGCUAAAAAUAAAGGAAAAUGGAUUGCUAAAUUACAUAAUCGAAUUGCUAAAUUGGAGAAGCAUUCAGUAAUGCUCGGGGCAAAGCUUAAAGUCCCGAAAAAACAAGUCUCUACUCCCGUAAAAACAAAUCUUCGCCGUAAACGUUCAAUUCCAGCUUCUUUUGAUGUUCGUACAGGAUUUGCAUCUUGUGCUGGAAUUGACCAAUCAAGUUGUGGAGAUUGUUGGGCUGUCUCCACCGCCUCAGCUUUAACUGAUCGUUAUUGUAUUAGUCAAGUAAAAAAGGGGAAUUCAGCACCUUUAAAGACAAAUCCAUCAGUUUACUUCUCAGCACUAGAGUUGAUGAGUUGUACUCCGGGAAUGUGGGGAUGUGGUGGAGGUGAUCCUUACUAUGCAUGGAAAUAUACACAGACUUCAGGUCUUGUUACCGGAACCAAUUAUACUUGGAACAGUGGUUGUAAACCAUAUCCAUUCCCUCCCCAUGGAUCAACUGAAUACACUGCCCCGUCCUGUGUCUCUUCAUGUACAUCGAGUGCUUGGAAUGUUGCUUAUACCCAGGAUAAAAAAUAUACUAAAACAACAGGUUAUAUUCAAAGUAAUGUAGCAGCCAUUCAAAAUGAAAUAAUGGCUAAUGGUUCUGUUGUAGCUGCUUUUGAUGUUUACGAUGAUUUUAUGUAUUAUUCAUCAGGACAAACUUCUGAUGUUUAUGUAGGCGGACAUGCCGUUAGAAUGAUUGGUUGGGGUACAGACACUUAUCCAGACGGAACACAUUUGGAUUAUUGGUUGUGUGCUAACCAAUGGAAUUAUGAUUGGGGAAUGAAUGGAUAUUUCAAAAUUGCUAGAGGUGUGGAUGAAUGUGGAAUUGAAUCCUCUGAAAUUUCUUUUGGAACUUUUUAA